CCCAUCAGCUGGUGAGGGAAAUGGAAUCUUUGGAAGCUCAGGUGCAGCGGCAACACAUCUCCCCCCAGGCCGCUCACAUCCAGGGCUGCCGCUACCUCUGCUGCGACCCGCUGCUUCGCUCCUUCUCCGCCUCCCCGCCCUGCAAAGUCACCACCCUCUCCAAGGAUUCUCUAGCCGUGCUGAACCAGAUGAGGCAUGAGGCGGACAGGCAGCAGCAGAGGAGGGAGAUGGUCAGGUUUGGGGGGGAAAAGAUAAAGAGAAGAGGUGGAGUCAUCGGGGGUAUGGGAGGAGGAGGAAAGGGUGGGGAUGUGAGGAAGGGAGAGGGAGUAGUGGGUGCUGGUGCUGUUCCUUCUGCUGCUGCUGCCACUGCUUCAUCGCCCACUGCAACUGCUGCUGCUGCUGCUGCUGCUGCUGCAGCCAAUUGUGAUGAUCAUGCAGCCAGCGCAACUUCAAGAGAUGGAAACCAAGUGGCUGAAUCGAUCCCGGGUGCGACUCACAGAGUGGAGUCACAUGAAGGAGACGAAGGGGCUAAGGUGCCAGCAUGGCAGCAGGAAGCAGGGGCAAGGGGGGCCGCGACCCAGGCAGAGAGAAGGGAGGGGCAGGAAGGAAGUGAACGGAAGGUGGAGGAAGGCAGCAGACCAAAUGAGGGGGAAGGCAGCAGACCAAAUGAGGGGGAAGGCAGCAGGGGCGGGGGAGGGAAUUUGGUGACUGAACAAGUGAGCACUGUUCUUGAGGGGGCGCGGAACGAGUUGGGUGAGAGCGAACAAGGAAAGGGAAACAAAGCAAAGGAGGGGAGAGGAGGAGAGGAGGGGGAGGAGUGGCAUACGGUGGAGGAAGAGGAGAGUGAGGAGGAGGAGAGUGAGGAGGUGGCAUCGAAGGUGGGGAGGAACGCGUGGGUGGUGGUGAGGAGCAGUGGAGGGGGGCGGCAGCUGGUGGUGGUGAUGGAGCGAGGGUGCGACUCGCUGCUGGGGGCAGAAGAGAUUGUGGAUAGAUUGAAUGCACAGCACUUCGGGGGCAUUUUCCCGUCUCACUAAGGACACCGCAUUGUGCUAUAUUUGGAAUGCAUAAACGGUAACUCUGUCGAGCAUACUUCAACACGCUAUGCAUCCAGUACACUACGGCAUAUGUCUAUAGAAACUGUUCACUAAUCUCUCCAUAUGUGCAACUGUGCCAGAUGUUGGGCUGAAAAAAUCCCUAGGAUCUUUUGGCACAACCUGUCAAACAUGAUUUUCAAAGGGUGACGAAAAUUUUACCCUAAGAGACAGGGUAAUUUUUUUUAGGUACACUGAUUACUAAGGGUGCCCCUAAACCAAUUUUGAGCCCUGGUGCUACGGCGAUAACCUCGGAACCAGGGCUGAUUUUAUCAGACUA